GUAUAAAAAAGGUUAUUUUGGCAUUACGUACACGGCCACACUGUUCAGCUCUAUAGUUUUGGAUUUGUUAAUACUUUAACACACUUCAUCAACAAAAUGUCGGCGCCUGAAAGCUCUGAUGAGGAAACAGACUUCAAAGUGGUUUCCUCUACCAAUUAUCAGCGUGUCCAGGAUAAAGUAGCCAAGAUAAGCUACGCAGAUGGCAUAGCCGAUGGUCGGGAAAAGGUGUUUCAGGACAGCUUCGAUCAGGGCUACGAGGAUGGUCUUAAAACGGCCUUGAAACUGGCCAAACUUAGCGCCUUCUAUGAAACCCUUCAAGAACAUGCGGAACGAGAGGCCUAUCAGAUCCUUAAGCUCGCAGAUCCCGCAGCCAAGGAGCACUUCAAGUAUUUAGAACACCAAGGAGCACCUCUGAGCGUUGUGAGGGAGAAGCAAAGGACCUACUUGGACGACCUGAUAGGACAAUGUGCACAGGCUCUCCCAGCAACUACAAAUUUAUUCGCAUCGGGCUCCUCUAGUUAGUGUUAAUGUGGUUUAAUGGAUUUUUUUGGGAAUUAUCAAAAUUAACUGAAAAUAUAGAUCCUUUUGCGACUUAUAAA